AUGGAGGGUAUAUUGUCUGAUUCUGAAACUCAUCACGGAAAACCAUAUCAAGACUCUCAAUGUCAAGGAUUGAAAUUUCAACCCUUCUUCUUGCCAGGACAGAAUGCAAGGAAUUUGGAAUUUAUCGGAAAGGGAUUAAUUAAGAGAGGAAUUUAUUCGAAGGGUUUUCCAACUCCAACCAAUAUUAAUAGUAUUUGUUCCUGUGAUCAAUGUAGAAAGAGCUUUACAUUGAAACAUUUCAAUAGCUCACAACCACACAUUGAUUACUUUUAUGCAAGUGGAAAUAGAACUUUGGUUGCUUCUCAUGGAAAAUUGGGGAAAACACCUGAGGAAAUUGAUGAAAAGCUUAGAGCCACUGGUUGGGAAGAUUUCUCAUUCUUUAAUCCAUUCAAAUGUCCACACUGUUCUUCAAUUUUUAUCGAUUUUGAAAUGAAGAAAUCAUUGAAAGAAGAGGAAAUUUAUGGAAACUAUUUGCUUAAUUCAAAUAUUCUUUACUGGAAGAAACUUAAAUGA